GGCCGUAGUGCCUGCGUUGCCUCGGUACAGCUUGUAGGCUGCUGGGAGGCUGGGCAGUUACCCUGCGUGAGUCCUCCCGCAGCUUUCCUUGCUGUCCGACCCUCUCGGUUUCGCGAUGCCGGUGGACCUCAGCAAGUGGUCCGGGCCUUUGAGCCUGCAGGAAGUGGACGAGAGGCCGCAGCAUCCGCUGCAGGUCAAAUACGGCGGUGCGGAGGUUGACGAGCUGGGCAAAGUGCUGACACCCACCCAGGUUAAGAACCGGCCCACCAGCAUUGCGUGGGAUGGCCUCGAUCCAGGUAAACUGUAUACCUUGGUCUUGACAGACCCGGAUGCUCCCAGCAGGAAGGACCCCAAAUACAGGGAAUGGCACCAUUUCCUGGUGGUCAACAUGAAGGGCAACGACAUAAGCAGUGGCACGGUCCUCUCUGAUUAUGUUGGCUCUGGGCCUCCCAAGGGCACAGGCCUUCACCGCUACGUCUGGCUGGUUUACGAGCAGGACAGGCCACUGAAGUGUGAUGAGCCCAUUCUCAGCAACCGAUCUGGAGACCACCGUGGCAAAUUCAAGGUGGCGAAUUUCCGCAAAAAGUACGAGCUCGGGGCUCCGGUGGCCGGCACGUGUUACCAGGCCGAAUGGGAUGACUAUGUGCCCAAACUGUACGAGCAGCUGUCUGGGAAGUAGAGGAAAGCCAGGAGAUGGACACGGUCCCAGAGUUCCCAAGCAGUGUUUCAGUUUAGUGAUGCAUGUAGAUUUCUCCCCUUCCCCCUGCCUGGGCCCUGAGAGGGCAGAUUUAGGUUUAGGGUGACUUUUCCUUCUGCCUGUCCUCUGUAAUUCUAGGGGGGUUACGUUUUGAUCAAGUUUGAACUCCGUUUUGGUGGCGGAUAUUUUGGUACUAGGAUGGGGUCAUCAAAAUGUUAAUAUAAGAAUAACAACCCAGACUUAGAAGAAAAAAAUUCUGGUAAAAAGACCAGGUCUGCAGUAUUAGAACAGAGCAUCAAAGAAUCUUAAAGGGAGGCUGAAAAAAAGAAAA